AAGAAAAAAAAAAAAACUAAAGAAAAACACUCCCAAAUACACAGUGUCCUUCUUUCCCUGGUAAUGAGUCUUGUUCCCCCUUUUUAUUGUAACUUGUGGUGAGUAGGAGGAGAGGGUCAGUCCCACAGUGUAGAUAUAGGCUUGUUUGUGUUUCUGUAGGGGAAAGUACCAUCUGGAUUCCUCUUUGUUCUAUAGAUACACAGGGCACUGCAGAACACACUCAGACAUCAAAACGUUCUCAACACAUGCACACGCCGAGCUCAGGAAGCGAACACAAACUGCAGCAGAGGAAACUCAGGACCUGUACAGUUGUCAGCUCUUAACAUCUGUCUUCUUGCGCUCCCCAGGCUCAGGCCUCUCUGAGCUCUGCAGUCGGACUGACGAUGCCGCAGCCUGCCCAGAAUUCCCUGAUCCAUGUUCUCCUCUUGUGGACUACUAUUCUCUCUAUUAUCCAGGCUGUGUUCAUCAUCCUCUUCUUUACAACUGGAGAUCGUGUUGUGUCUCAGAACAGUAGCACUAUAGCAGCAGAGCGCACAGUACAAUCCCAGGCAAAUAAUACAACUUCGCUGCCGCCCACCGACCAAGGCCUUCUCUUGGGCAAGGGUCAAAUGCUCACCUAUAAGCUUAUUGGAGGCACCAGCGAAGUUACCUUUCAAGCAAAGAAUCCAACAAAUGACUUGAUCUCAGCUAACGGAAAACAACUGGAAAUAAAGAAGCAAGGAUAUUACCUCCUAAAUCUUCAGGUAACACUGGAGAGGUCUCAGUGUGAACAUAACGGAUCAAGGGAGUCUAAUCCUACGGUCAAACUGAAAUGUAACAGUAAAGUUAUCCUGCAAGGUGAGAUUAACUCAAAUACGUGCAGUACAGGCCUCCUUGGAAAGGUAGAGGUGCUGGCUGAUGGAAGCAUCCUGGAGCUCGAAUGCAACCUGCCAAAAUAUGGAAUUGAUGAUAGAGAAUUUCUUACACACUUUGAUAUCAUAUUCAUGCUCAAACCUUAGAUGCAGCUCCAAUGUAUUGCAUAUCAAUAUCUGAAAUCCUUGGCCGUGUUCCAGGGCACCUGUCCAAUUCUGAGACCCCCUCUGCAGCAAAAUCUCUCAGAUGCAAAGAUGGUAGAGUGUCCUUGUUGUUUCUUGUUACCAAACAGACAUCCAUCUUUGCUUCUGCAUCACAAGAUCAACAAAUCACUUAACUGUCUUGCUAUAGUCAGAGAGAUGACUGAGUCACAGAGAAUGGAUGAAAGAGCUGGACUCAGCAUUGAAGACAGUCUGUUACUCACAGGCUGGCUAACACAAAUUCUAAACUGAAAACUAUAUGCUAAAACUAUUGAAUUUCCCUCAGGAUCAAUAAAGUAUCUAUCUAUCUAUCUAUCUAUCUAUCUAUCUAUCUAUCUAUCUAUCUAUCUAUCUAUCUAUCUAUCAGAAUCAGAAUUCCUUUAUUUAUUUCCUAUCUAAAACAGAACUUCUAUUGAUUCAGUGUUUAAUUGUUGUGGUCAGUAAAGUAAAUAUAUUGCAGUUCAGGACUGGUCUAAGGUUGACAUCAUCACUACAAAUCUGUUCCUCUGCAACUGUAUUUAAGGGAAGCAGAUAUAACAGUCUAGUUCAUGUUUGGGGGGAUUUUCCUUUUUUAUUGCAUUUAUUAGAAAUGUAAGGUUGGAUUGUUCUCUUUGCUUCUCAAAUAGCUGAAAUCAAGAAGCAUGUUUAUAGUCAGUGAAGGAAGUGUUCUUGAUUGUUUAAAUCAAUUUUAUUUCCUUGGUGGAGGUUUUUACAUUUAAAAUAUGUAAUAAUUAACUGAAUGAAUGUAUUUUUCUGAAGUGCCACAACUAUUGGCAUAACUGUGGUAUUUGCACAGCUCCAAUUUGCUACUUGAUGAUUUAUUUCUUGUUUUGAACUGAAUGAAUUUGAUGUUUAUGUUCUAUUUAUUUAUUGUCUGGGCCUCAAACAUAUACAGUAUACAGGUAUAUAAUGUAUUUAAAAAAAAUCACUGGACAGGUCAACGAAUAACCAAUGAAUGUAUGUCACUAUGUGACACCGUAUGUCAUUGUGUGGCAUACAUCUUUACAUUGUUAGUGAGUCACUGUAAUGUCUUUAAGUUUUGUUUAUUAGAACAGUAACAUGUAAAGUAAUAAGAUGUAGCUACAAUUGGACAAAUUGGACAAUGUAGUUGUUAAGGAAAAAAAGACAUAAAGACGAAUGUCUCACGUCUUUUUAACAAAAUGUAACGAAUUAAACCAGAACCACGAUCACAUUAUACAUUAGUAUUCGAUUUUCAUAAGAUGAAUUUGAAAUAAAAAGUGAAAU